CUAAAGUCCAGGUGAUGCUGAGGAUGCGUCACCCACCUGCCUGCCUGCCUGCCUGCCUGCCUGCGUGGAAGCCCUGGUGAGAGAGCGAAGCCUUCCCGCCUUCCCCAGGGGUAUAAAGGGGGAGGGAUGAAGCCGGCAGGACAGGCAGAGGCCCAGAGGAGACCCAGAGGAGGAUUGUUCCUUCAGCAACAGGCAGAAAGAAAGCCUCGUGACAGAUCAUGCCUCAGAAAGCAGUCGCCUUGAUCCUUGGCCUCUUGGCUGCCAUCGCAGGGGCCCAGGCGGACGUCACGGCCGACCAGGCGGCUGACGUGGUCUGGAAGUAUUUCACCCAGCUGAGCGCCAGCACCAAGGAGUCGGUGGAUCAGCUCCAGCAGUCAGAGAUCAGCAAGCAGCUCAGCACCCUCUUCCAGGAUAACUUCCAGGCCAUCAGCACCUACGCAGCCGAUCUGCAGAGGCAGCUGGUCCCAUUUGCCACCGAACUCCAUGCCCGGCUGGCCGAAGACUCCGAGAAGCUGAAGGAGCAACUCCGUCAGGAGCUGGAGCAGCUCCGUGCCCGGAUCGCCCCUCACGCCGAAGAGGCCCAGCAGCAAAUAAGCCAGAGCAUCCAGGAACUGCAGGCCAGGCUGGCCCCUUACGCCAAGGAACUGCAAACCCAGGUGAACGGGAAUGCUGCAGAGCUGCGCCAGGAGCUGGAGCGGCUCACCCAGAAAAUGCAGGCCACGUUGCGGGAGGACGUGGGCAACCUCCAGACCGUUCUGGCCCCUUACGCGGAUGAGCUGCAGCAGCAGAUCAACCAGCAGAUGGAGGACCUCACGGGGAAGCUGGCCCCCUACGCUGGGGAGCUCAAGGCCAAAGCCGACCAGACGGUGGACAGCCUGCGCAAGAGCCUUUUGCCCUUGGCCCAGGACGCGCAGGAUCAGCUGAACCACCAGCUGGAGGGGCUCUCCUUCCAAAUCCAGAAGAGCGCCGAGGAGCUGCGAGCCAAACUCUCGGAGGGGUCCGAGAACCUGCGGCUGAAGCUGAGCCCCUUGGCCCAGGAGCUGAGGGAGAAGCUGCAACAGGACCCGGCCAAGCUGCGCGAGUCGGUGGCCCCUUACCUCGAGGGCCUGAGCGGGAAGAUGGAGCAGCAGAUCCAGGAGUUCCGCCAGACCAUGGAGCCCUACGGAGAGGACUUCAACAAGCUCGUGGUGCAGAAGGUGGAGGAGAUGAGGCAGAAGCUGCAGCCCUACGCGGGGGAGGCCCAAGACCACCUGAGCUUCCUGGAGAAGGAUGUGAGGGACCGGUUCGCCUCCUUCUUUGAUACCCUCAAGAAGAUGGGCAACUGAGAGGCAGAAAACCGGAACAGGGACUGGCAGCUAACCUUUCCUCUGCACACCGCUCCUAACAUAAUCUCUCCCUUCUGAUGCCCCGUCUCCAGUAUUUCAUGGGCUGUAUGUCUUCCUGGCCUUCCCAGGGCAUGAAGAGGAUACAAGCCCCCCCCCCCC